CCUGAGCAGUCAGCUGACAAACUUGACCGUCACAGCGGAAUCUUCGGUUACAUCAACUACCUGGUCGAGAAGGACCGCAAGUUCAUUCUCGACACCCUUCUCAACGGCCUCUCCCGCCUCGAAUACCGUGGCUAUGACUCGGCCGGCCUCGCCAUCGAUGGCGACAAGAAGAAGGAGGUCCUGGCCUUCAAGGAGGUCGGCAAGGUUGCCAAGCUCAGGAAGCUGAUUGACGAGUCCGACGUCGACCUCGAGAAGGUCUUCGACUCCCACGCCGGCAUCGCCCACACCCGCUGGGCCACCCACGGUCCCCCCUCGACCUGCAACUGCCACCCCCACAGGUCUGACCCGACCUGGGAGUUCAGCAUCGUCCACAACGGCAUCAUCACCAACUACAAGGAGCUCAAGACCCUCCUCGAGAGCAAGGGCUUCCGCUUCGAGACCGAGACCGACACCGAGUGCAUCGCCAAGCUCACCAAGUACAUCUACGACCAGCACCCCAGCAUCGGCUUCACCGACCUGGCCAAGGCCGUCAUCCAGGAGCUCGAGGGCGCCUACGGCCUCCUCAUCAAGUCGGUCCACUACCCCCACGAGGUCAUCGCCGCCCGUAAGGGCUCCCCCCUCGUCAUCGGCGUCAAGACCCAGCGCCGCAUGAAGGUCGACUUCGUCGACGUCGAGUACUCGGACGACAAGUCGGCCCUCCCCGCCGAGGCCGCCGCCCAGAACGCCGCCCUCAAGAAGAACCCCACCGACUUCCUCACCCCCGACGCCGGCCUCCUCGGCGCCCCCGACAAGUCGCUCCUCCACCGCUCGCAGUCGCGCGCCUUCAUGACCGACGACGGCAUGCCCAUGCCCACCGAGUUCUUCCUGUCCUCGGACCCCUCGGCCAUCGUCGAGCACACCAAGAAGGUCAUGUACCUCGAGGACGACGACAUCGCCCACAUCCACGAGGGCUCCCUCAACAUCCACCGCCUCAAGAAGGCCGACGGCAGCUCCAACGUCCGCACCAUCCAGACCCUCGAGCUCGAGCUCCAGGAGAUCAUGAAGGGCAAGUUCGACCACUUCAUGCAGAAGGAGAUCUUUGAGCAGCCCGAGUCCGUCGUCAACACCAUGCGCGGCCGCCUCGACAUUGCCAACAAGACCGUCACCCUCGGCGGCCUCCGCUCCUACCUGUCCACCAUCCGCCGCUGCCGCCGCAUCAUCUUCAUCGCCUGCGGCACCAGCUACCACUCCUGCAUGGCCGUCCGCGGCAUAUUCGAGGAGCUGGCCGAGAUACCCAUCGCCGUCGAGCUGGCCUCGGACUUCCUGGACCGCGAGGCUCCCGUCUUCCGCGACGACACCUGCGUCUUCGUCUCCCAGUCGGGCGAGACGGCCGACUCCCUCAUGGCCCUGCGCUACUGCCUCGAGCGCGGCGCCCUGACGGUCGGCAUCGUCAACGUCGUCGGCUCGUCCAUCUCGCUCCUGACCCACUGCGGCGUCCACAUCAACGCCGGCCCCGAGAUCGGCGUCGCCUCCACCAAGGCCUACACCUCCCAGUUCAUCGCCAUGGUCAUGUUCGCCCUGUCGCUGAGCGAAGACCGCGCCUCCAAGAAGGCCCGGCGCGAGGAGAUCAUGGAGGGUCUCUCGCAGGUCUCGUCGCAGAUCAAGCAGAUCCUCGAGCUCGACUCGGCCAUCAAGGAUCUCUGCAAGGCCACCUUCCAGAACCAAAAGUCGCUCCUGCUGCUCGGACGCGGCAGCCAGUUCUCCACCGCGCUCGAGGGCGCCCUCAAGAUCAAGGAGAUCUCAUACCUCCACUGCGAGGCCGUCAUGUCGGGAGAGCUCAAGCACGGUGUCCUGGCGCUCGUCGACGAGAACCUCCCCAUCAUCAUGAUUCUCACUCGUGAUGACCUCUUCAAGAAGUCUCUCAACGCCUACCAGCAAGUCAUCGCCCGCGGUGGUAAGCCCAUCGUCAUCUGCAACCCCAAGGACGAAGAGUUCGACUCGUCAGAGGCCGAGAAGAUUGAGAUCCCCAAGACGGUCGACUGCCUCCAGGGUCUCCUCAACGUCAUCCCCCUCCAGCUUAUUGCCUACUGGCUCGCCGUCCUGGAGGGUCUC